AUGUUACCGCAGUACGAGCGACUCGUGGAUCCCGAUGUGAGCGAUACUGGUGGUGGUGGCACCCUCCGGAGAAGCACAUUCCGCGUCCGGUUCGGUAAACUGGCCGUUGGGACGGUUAUGCUGCCGGUGGCGGGCUUUCUAUUCUGCGUCAUCUGGUCGCUGCUUUACAACUUCGAACAGGCGAAUGCGACCCACUGUCUGGUGUACAAUUUCCUGCCCUCGCUAUCGGCGGCGAUCGGUAACUACCAGCCGCAACGGUUCGUGUGGCAGUUUUCGGUACUGUUUCACGCUCCGUUCCGGUACGCGAUUGCAUUCCUGUACAAAAACCAUCACCUAACGCUGCUGGCACGGAAGCAUCGCAAAGAGUGGGCCUACCUAGCGUGUAUUUUAAACAUCGUCGAGUUAAGCACGCUGGUCGGUUUAAGCUUAUGGACUUCCAGCAGCAACUAUGAAAUUCACAAAUUUUGUUUCAGUGCCUUUGUGAUCUGUUCCAUACUGUACAUGCAUCUGGUGGUGCUCAUCAACCGACUAACGCGCGCCGACGAGAUGCUUACGCUGGCGGAGCGUAAAUCGCUGCGCUUCAAGCGCCGACUGCUGGUGGUGAAUGUGGCUUCCAUACUGUUCGCGGUGUACUUUUUCGUGCGCCACAACAGUAACUGCGAGCCGGGCAUCUAUUCGCUGUUUGCGCUGAGCGAGUACGUAUUCGUGUACUCCAACAUCGGCUUCCACAUGACGGCCUACUGGGACUUUAUAAAAGCAAACGUGUACUUCCACUGGCGCACCGGCAUACACUUUAGCUCCGUUUAA